CAACUCAUAAAUCCAAUAAAUGUCCACCUGCAAAUGUUGUUGUUAAUCCAUUGAUUCAUCAUCCAUCAUUUUAUGGUUUAUCAUCAUCAUCACCCAUAAAACAACCUUCUUUACUACCACCACCACCACCAACGGAAUUCGCAACAAAAAAUUUUGCUAAACCAUCUCAAAUAAAAACGAUUAAAUAUGAUAAUCAUUUACUAAACUCAAUUGUUAAAUCAUCUGAUUUACCAAUGAAUGAUUGGAAAAUAUCAAUUAAACAUAUAUUUAAACAAUUUUUAUUUGAUAUUAAUUAUGAAAAAUUUAUUCAAUGGUGUCAAACUAAUCUUCUAUUACCAUUAAUUAAAUUAGAUGAUGAAGAAAAAAAGAUUCUCAAUGAUAUUACUAAUGAUGAUUAUUAUGUUCAUUAUCGUCAUCUUGAAAGAUGUAUUGCAUUAUUAAAUGAUCUUAAACGUGGAACAAUUAGUAUGACUUUAUUACCGCCAUCUAAUAAUGAAUUGCAACAAAUAGGACCAAUUAAAUCACAAUUAGCAGGUGCUAAAAAACGUAAAACAACAGUACCAACUACUCGUCAUAUGCCAGUUCCAUCACAAUCAUCAUCACCAUCAUUACCUUUAUCAACAAAUCCUAUUUCUCAUGAUGAUGGUUAUCAAUCACCUAGUUUACCUUUGAAUGAUGAACCAAUAACAUCUCCAACAUCCUUAUCAACACCACAACAUUUAACGAUUGAUGAUAAUAAUAAUAAUAAUAAUGAUGAGUUAAUGCCAAUUGUAGCUACUGUUGAAGAAGAACAACAACAACCAAUUCAAGAUAUGAAUUCAUCAUUUCUUAUAGUUGAUUCAAAUGACUAUGAUGAUGGAAAAAUUCAUCUCGAUGAUACAUUACCAUCAUGUUCAUCUGGUUAUGAAUCAGCAGCAGCAUUAACAAAUGUUGAUGUAAAUAUGGCACAUAAUCCAAGUAGUGAUGAUGAUGAAACAAAUUCAACAACACGUUCAAGAGAACAUUCAUCAUCAUGUCAAUCGGAUCAAUCACUUGCACCUAUAUUAUCAACAGUAUCAUCAAAUAUAAAAUUAAAUUCAACCAAUAAUAAUAAUGAAGAAAAAUCCAUGCAUGUAUCACCGGUGAUAUCAAAUCAAAAAGUAAGUCUUCGACAACGUGAUAAAUAUGGAAAAUUUCUUGCACGAUCACGAUCACGUUCACCAACACCACGUAAUACAAAAAAGAAACGUUCAUCUAAUGAACAAUUAGCAUCAGGAAAUACAAUAUCAAAAGAUCAUAUUGAACAACAUUUACGAACAUUAUUAAUGCCUCAUAAUAAUGAACAACGACGUACACGUACAAGACCAAUUAAAACUCCAACACGUUUAGUUGAAGAAAUCGCUUCAAAUCAUUCAAUCAAAACAACUGAAAUCGAUCAUAAUGCAUUUGAUACAUAUUCAAAUUCAUCAUCAUCAUCAUCAUCAUUAACAACAAAUGAUACAAAAUCUAAUGAACCAGUUCUUAAUCAUCAACCAUGCACAUAUAAUGUAACUAUAUCAAAUAAACCUAAUAAAUUAGGUUUAACUAUAAAAAAAGUUAUUCAACGAUAA